GAUAGAACUUAUUUCCGGUGACCGGCAACGUGGUUCGACAAGUUUUCCUAGGCAUUUUGCUUAUUUGUCAGCCUUUAAGUAUUUAUUAAAAGCCUAAUUCGGUUAUUCAGUGAGACUACUGAACGAAAUCCAAGUUUUCACUAUUUGGUAAGUGUAAUCAUAGUCUACUUCACUAUAAACUCCCUUGGACUGUUACUAGUUGUGUCUCUCUUUUUCUCAAAGCUAAAAUCUUUUUUGUCUGUAGAUGGUUUGAGAUAUACUUAAUACUGCCGCUGUAGUAUGGUGCAUCUCACAGAAGAGGAUCCUAACUUUAGUGAUCCAGAAGACUAUAUAGACGACAUUACGGACAAUGAGUUACUUGAUGAUGUACUCAGAAGGAAGCCAAAAGAAAUUGAUGGAAUUGAUUCAGUAAUUGUAGUAGAUAAUGUACCUAUUGUUGAAGAUGACCGGUUGGAGAAGCUAAGAAAUGUUCUCACCAAGAAAUUUGCUAAAAUAGGAAAUAUUGUCAAUCAGCAUUACCCAAUGGAAAAUGGCAAAACGAAAGGUUACAUUUUUGUUGAAUACGAAAAUCGAGAGCAAGCUACGUCAGCUAUUAACGAAUUCAACAACUACCGUCUAGAUAAGCAGCACAUUUUCCUAGUAAAUCACUUAUCAGAUCUUGAUAAGUAUGCUUCUGUUCCUGAUGAAUGGGAACCCCCAGAGCCUCAGCCAUUUAAGGAUACUGGCAACCUAUACGACUUUCUUAUGGACAAAGAUUGUUUAGAUCAAUUUAGUGUAAUUUAUGAAGCUGGUCGCCAAACAGCUGUCUACUGGAACUCCCAUGGAAAACCAAAACUUCUAGAAGAAAGAUUCAAUUGGACAGAAACUGAAAUUCGUUGGUCUCCAAGUGGAUCUUACUUGGCAACAUUUCAUCCUAAAGGUGUUGCUUUGUGGGGAGGAACCAAUUUCAAACAAAUUCAGAAAUUUCCUCACGAGGGCGUUCAAUUGAUAGAUUUUUCACCUUGUGAACGCUACCUGUCUACCUAUUGUCCCAUAGCAGAAAAUAAAUCAAAAGAUGAGCCCCAAGACAUUAUUAUUUGGGAUAUUCUGACAGGCAAACGUAGACGUGGAUUCCUCUGUGAUAAUGCCACCGUCUGGCCUGUGUUUAAAUGGAGUUACGACGGCCGCUAUUUUGCCAGAAUCCGAGACGACCUAUUGCAAGUUUACGAAACACCUUCAUUUGGCCUAGUUGACAAAAAGAGUAUUCGAAUCAAAGGUAUUCGAGAUUUUAAUUGGUCUCCAACUGAUAACAUAAUUAGUUACUGGACUCCUGAGGAAGAGAAUACCCCUGCUCGUGUCGUCCUUAUGGAAAUUCCUAGCAAACAGCAACUCUGUACGAAAAACUUAUUUACAGUUGCUGAUUGUAAAAUGUAUUGGCAAAAGUCAGGAGAUUAUUUGUGCGUUAAAGUUGAUAGAUAUAAGGGGCGUAAAAUAGAGGGAAAGGAAGUUAAAUAUUCUGCCAUUUACCAUAAUUUGAAUGUUUUCCGAAUAAGGGAAAAACAAGUUCCUAUUGAUACUGUUGAGGUAAAAGAAAAUAUAAAAGCAUUUGCUUGGGAACCAGUUGGAACAAAAUUCUCUUUUAUUCAUGGUGAAGCCCCAAGAAUAAAUGUCUCUUUCUAUAAUGUAAAGAAAGCUGGAUCUGUUGAAUUAAUGAAAAUGUUUGAAAAGAAAUCAGCCAAUCUCAUAUUUUGGUCUCCCCAGGGUCAAUUUGUGGUACUGGCAGGUUUAAAACAGAUGAAUGGCAUCCUAGAGUUUAUAGAUACAUCUGAUAUGACAAUUAUGUCACAAGUAGAACAUUUUAUGGCAACUGAUGUUGAAUGGGAUCCAACUGGCCGAUAUGUUACUUCAUCUGUAUCCUAUUGGAGUCACAAGGUUGACAAUGCUUUUUGGAUAUGGAAUUUCCAAGGGAAGCUGCUACAGAAGUCGCCUCUCGAUCGUUUCUGUCAAUUUUUCUGGAGACCAAGACCCAAAUGUUUGCUGAGCGACAAGGCCUUGAAAGAUAUCAAGAAAAAUAUGAAAAAAUAUCAUAGCAAAUUCAAGUUAAUCGAUAUUCAGCGAGAAGAGCAAGUGAGCUCGGAACAAAUUGAAAAGAGGAAAAAGGCUAUGCAGGAAUGGACUAAUUUCUGCAAACAGACGGAAGCUAAAUUGCAGAAAGAUUACCAAAGGAGACGGGACUUACGUAAAGGAUUUGACACCGAUGAACGCUCUGAUGACGUUGAAUUCGAGGAAGAGACAGUCGAAUUUUUGGUUAAAGUUGAAGAAAUCGUACUUGAUGAAGACGAUGAGUAG